AUGAAGCAUUCCACCAAUCGUGUUCAUUAUCUUAACCAUGUGUUUUCUUUUCCCCCAAAUAAGGUGCCAAAUAUUGUUGUAUCACCGUUUAUGGGUGAUGGUUAUAUAAUAAGUUUUUUAAUUGGUACCCCACCAUUUCAACUUUACGGUGUUAUGGAUACGGCCAAUGAUAAUAUUUGGUUUCAAUGUAAUCCGUGUAAACCAUGUUUCAACACAACAUCACCAAUGUUUGACCCUUCAAAAUCUUCAACCUAUAAAACCAUUCCUUGCUCUUCUCCCAAAUGCAAAAAUGUAGAAAAUACGCAUUGCUCUUCCGAUGAUAAAAAGGUAUGUGAAUAUAGUUUUACAUAUGGUGGUGAGGCAUAUUCCCAAGGAGAUCUUAGUAUAGACACUCUUACUUUGAACUCUAAUAAUGACACUCCUAUCUCAUUUAAAAAUAUUGUAAUAGGAUGCGGCCAUAGAAAUAAGGGUCCACUUGAGGGAUAUGUAUCCGGAAAUAUUGGUCUUGGACGUGGACCUUUGUCUUUUAUAUCCCAAUUGAAUUCUUCGAUUGGUGGAAAAUUUUCAUAUUGUUUGGUUCCGUUAUUUUCAAAUGAAGGUAUCUCAGGCAAACUACACUUUGGAGAUAAAUCAGUGGUUUCUGGUGUUGGGACUGUCUCAACUCCCAUAACAGCAGGUGAAAUCGGUUACUCCACAACUUUGAAUGCAUUGAGUGUGGGAGACCACAUUAUAAAAUUUGAAAACUCCACCUCAAAAAAUGAUAAUCUAGGAAAUACAAUUAUUGAUUCGGGAACAACAUUAACUAUUUUGCCAGAGAAUGUUUAUUCUAGGUUAGAAUCUAUAGUGACAUCUAUGGUUAAGUUAGAGCGUGCUAAGAGUCCUAAUCAACAAUUCAAGCUUUGUUACAAAGCCACAUUAAAAAACUUGGAUGUUCCAAUAAUCACCGCACAUUUUAAUGGGGCAGAUGUGCAUUUGAAUUCUCUAAAUACCUUUUACCCAAUUGAUCAUGAGGUUGUGUGCUUUGCUUUUGUUUCAGUUGGAAAUUUUCCUGGUACUAUUAUUGGUAACAUAGCACAACAAAACUUUUUGGUUGGAUUUGAUCUCCAAAAAAAUAUUAUCUCCUUUAAGCCCACAGAUUGUACCAAAAGUUAA